AAUGUUCAUUUAUGAUGACCAAAUAUGAUACGUUGAUUCUGGUGUCUACACUCUGUACCAAAUACCAAUAAUGGAUUGUAGUAGUUGGAUCAAACUUCCAAUGUAGCGUAUGGAUGCGAAAUACUUUUAAUACAUAUCAUAAGAAAUAAAUAAUAAAAAAAAAAGAAAUAAUCAAAGCAAUUAUCACUAGUAUUGUUUUAUCCUAGUAUAUACCAUUUGAAUAGGUACAUUGCAAAAUGUCAAAGGUGGUCAAGUCGAACUGUCUCUAAGUCAAACCAAACCAAAUUGCAAUAAAUCCGGUUUAGCUCUAGAUAGGGAGGGACCCAAUAGGAAAGUUCCAAAGGGAAUUGAGCGCAGCGCUUUCUUCUCUUUUAAAUCUGUCUCUUCUUUCGAAUCUCUCCCACCCUCACUUCUUCGCGCCUGGCUAUUACUUCCAAUUAUUUUAUCGUAUUACGUUCGCCGUGAUCGUCAGUCGCCAACAAUCACGCGUGAAUCACAGCAAUCAAAGCAAAUAAAAAAUAAAAAUAAAAAAGCAAAGACGUUUUUGCUGAAAAAGAGAAAGAAAACCCAAAGUGAGAGCCCAAACUUUGAUUGCGUCCUCUUCUUCCUCACGUUCCUCGUUUCCCCUGGAUCGAACCGGUCCGAGUCAUGUCGGAACUGAACCAAGCCGAUCUUGUUUACUCUCCACGGUCGUCGCUUCAACUGUGGAAUGUUUUUGUCAACUGGCUCGAUUUUUUCUACCAGUUCUUUCUUAAGAUCCUCCGUCCCCUCGCUCACCACCCUUUUCUCUCUUCCAAAGCCAUCUCCGAUGGGUUUAAGCCCCUGCCAGUCAUCGAGUUACCGGAGAUGGCGGCGGAACCACCAGUCACCACCAUACAAAUCGCCUCCGGGAGAACUUCUAGCGAAGGAGAAGUCGGAAGCAUCCAGAGACUCACGGUAGUUUUGGACUUGGAUGAGACAUUGGUUAGUGCGUAUGAGACGUCUAGUCUACCUCAUAAUUUACGUACGCAAGCUAUCGAAGCUGGAUUAAAGUGGUUUGAGCUGGAGUGCAUAUCGUCAACAAAGGAAUGCAACGGGGAGCCUAAAAUCAAUUAUGUUACAGUGUUUGAGCGUCCAGGGUUACAUGAAUUCUUAGAGAAACUUAGCCAAUUUGCACAUCUUAUUGUAUUUACCGCUGGUCUUGAAGAUUAUGCAAGACCGCUUGUGGACAAAAUAGAUACCAAGCAUGUAUUGAACGAGAGGCUGUAUCGACCUUGUACUGUCAGCACGCAAUAUCGAGAUCACGUGAAGGAUCUACUAUGCACAUCAAAGAAUAUGUGUAGGACAGUUAUAGUAGACAACAAUCCUUACAGUUUUCUAUUACAACCUCUAAACGGGAUUCCAUGUGUUCCGUUUUCCGCUGAACAGCCACAUGAUACUCAGCUACUGGACAUUAUUCUCCCGCUUCUUAAGCAACUUUCAGAAGAAGAGGAUGUAAGAGGAGCUCUUUACGAUAGAUUCCACAUGCCUGAAUGGUUCGAAAAGCAAGGCAUACCAAGGUCAUGCUGGACAUCAUCGCAAUAGCUCACAGUGGAAAAUGUGUUGAUAAGUCUGCUUGGACAGUUGGACUAAAAAAGAUUGCGAAGCCACUAAAUUUUUAGCUGUGUAUAUAUUGGACAUGACUGCGUUACGAUGUUUUUGAAUGAAAAAAAAAAAUCUAUGUCGAAAAUCCAAUCCGGUCUUGGUCUACAUCAGAGACGAAUGUAUAAAAAAAAUUAACUGGAUGUAAACCAAAAAAAAA